AAUUACUCUGUUGUCUGCUACGAUGAGUAGGUUGAUUUACUCGUACUCCCGUUACUAACACUGACACACUCACCACCUUCACACUCUCCAACCUUCACCUAUUACUCGCUGGGGUCAUAGUUACGUUACCUAUCACUACCUGAGCCAAUAUUGUCAAUCUUUACUCCCUAAUUACAGGUGUAUGAUUAGUUAAUAAGUUUACACUUUUAAGUGGCUUGUAAGCCAGUAUCUCGAGUACUUGCCAGUGAUAAGAGCAGUGUGGGUGUGUACUCACCUAGUAUAACUUUAUAUUUUAACUGAUAAGUGGAUAUAUGAGAGAUUUUUUCGCACAAUGUUUAUUGCCAAAUCACCGUGGACGUUGCUGUUACGUCAUUAUGACUUGCCAUGAUGUCAUGAUAAACAUUGGUGUGACGUGGCCAUGGGUGACGGUGUUACUGUCUCUCCUAGGAGUCUGCCCCCCGCCCACACUCUCCCAUGUCAUCGGCGAAGCUCGUCUCUAGUGGCAGUGGAGCCUUGAGAGCGAGGCUCAGGAACUAGGGGAGGUGUAGCCCAGCAGCUCCAAAACCAAAAGUCACGUUCAGUUAUGCCGCAUUGUUCUUACCAUUAAGAAAAUCUCCCAACACAAGUGAACGUGUCUUGUGGUAGUUGAUAAAGAAGAUUGUUGACGAACUGCUGUGCAUUUCUACCAGGAACACUGAGAAAACAGAACGGGUAUAUGAAGGGGUCAACUGAUCAAAACAUACCAACACAGAGCCCGCUGAUGAUGGACGCGAGAGACGUAGCUGUGCGUGGGAACGGCAAAACAUUAUUUCAAAGUUUAAUUAAAACUGUGUUUGUGUCGAGUGUGCAAGAGGUGAAGACCAAAGGACAGAAGGUACCAGGGAUGACACAAGGCGGUGAAGACAGACAACGGCGCAGGUUUGAGGACGAGAACAAAUUACUAUUUUUCCUUUUCAAGCUGUGUGGAGUUGUCGCCCUCAGGAAAGUUAAUGGGCAGAGUGUAGUCAGCAAAAUCAGGUUUAUUAUAUUUUACAUGAUGUGGAUUAUUUGGCCUCUAAUUGGAUUUUCUGCUGCACUACUUGGAUAUUCACUGUUUUGUGAUGCCCCGGCUGAUGUUCAAAGCCAUAACCGCAUUAUGGAAGGGUCGUUCUUCAUCCUAGGCUUCGCUGUCUUCCCAGCACUUCAAGCCUACUCUUUAAAAUAUAUUAAUAAAUGUCUUCCUGAAGUGUUGCAAAAAAUAUCAGAGUUGGAUGACGUUCAAGAAUAUUUUAAGACUCCUUUGAAGGUGUUCGGCCCUCCUCAUGGUGAGAAAUGCCGCAAUAAGAUAAGACAAGCCGUAAAUGGCGUCUCUCCCGUCAAACAAAUGUAUCCAGAUCAAUUAUUCCAUUGGCUACCACUGACCAUGAUACUCCUCUCUCUCUCGGCUUUCCUGGUGUACUGGAGCAUUGGGUACGUUACCAUUGUCAAUAUAGACACACUCAAUCAAGAGAUGCCUAUAUUAAUAUUUAAUUUUGCCUACCAAUGUUUCCCUUUUGUAACUACUAUCUUUGUUGUGAUAUUCAUAAGAUGGCAUGCUAGAGUUUACCAGACAGUUCACAAGUUCUGCCAAGAUACAUCUGCAACGUGGACCAAGAGAGAGAUCCUUGUACUGUGUAAUUAUGUGGAUAAGUUGCAAGACAUCUUCAGCCAGAUGAGUGCUGGUUUCUUCAGGUACACGCUGGGAAUGAACUUGUUGACGGUCAUGAUCAGUGCUAUUGCAUGCACUGCAAAAAUUCUUCAGGAUUCUAAUAACAUCAUCUAUCUGGAGCCUCUCGCUUGUAACAUAUUCCUCCUUGUUGUCCUCUGUGAGAGCAGCUCUACUAUCAUGGAUAAGUAUGAGGCUCUGCUGUUGGUACUUAAGGAGGAGAUAAGACGUCACCAAAGACACUCGUGGCACGAGCAGCAUCAACACUUGCUGGUGCUGCGAGACAACUUGCUGGAGUCGCCGCCAGAGGUGGUGACAUUCGGUGGCUAUAGAACGAACCGCGGAUUUUUGGUGACGAUUUUGGGGUUCGUGGUCUCGUAUGCCCUUCUGGUUGACCAGGUGACCAACCGUCGAGCAGAGUGCGCUCACCGCAACAUCCAGGUCGACAACAACAGCAGCAGCAUGGCUUAUGUGAACAGCUUUUGACAUCGUCAAUGUGGAAAAUGAUUUGAUUAUGUGAAUCAUCGACACUGAAGCAUAAUGUUUUUUCAAUUAGAGUGUAACUUUGACAAAUGUUUAAUGUUUUGGUUUAUUGAGGUUGUUGCAGUGUAUAUUAGUCUCAGGUCUUACUUUGCGUGUUAUUGAUGCACAAUUUGAACAAUAUAUUGUAGUGUGAUAAAUACAGUUUCGGUUUGCAAUA